AUGGCGUCAAAAAUAAUAACCGAAGCUGAACUCGACGAAAUCUACGCCUUUGCUGUCCAACUCGGGAAAGAUGCAGGCAACCUCCUCAUGGAAGCUGCCCGCUCGCGGUUCAGCAGCAACAGUCACAAUGCCAGCCACGACGAUGAACCCGCGACCCAAGAGUUCACCGAAAAGGAUUCCGCCGUCGACAUCGUGACGCAAACCGACGAAGACGUCGAAGCCUUUAUCAAAACGGCCAUCAACACACGCUACCCUUCUCACCACUUCAUCGGGGAAGAGACGUACGCGAAAUCGUCCCAGCCCACACGCCCAUACCUCGUCACCCCUACGACUCCGACCUGGGUCGUCGACCCCCUCGACGGCACGGUCAACUACACGCACCUCUUCCCCAUGUUCUGCGUUUCCAUCGCCUUUCUCAUCGACGGCGCACCGGUUAUAGGAGUCAUAUGUGCGCCGAUGCUUGGCCAGCUCUUCACGGCCUGCAAGGGGCGAGGUGCCUGGCUCAAUGAGACACAGCGGUUGCCGAUGGUGAGGCAGCCGAUGCCUAAGAACGCGCCGGGGGGUUGUGUGUUUAGUUGCGAAUGGGGCAAAGACCGUAAGGACAAACCGGAGGGGAACUUGUAUCGGAAGGUGGAGAGUUUUGUCAAUAUGGCUGCCGAGGUUGGAGGGCGAGGCGGGAAGGGCGGAAUGGUACAUGGGGUCAGAAGUUUGGGGAGGUAA